GUUUGUCGAAGGAUUUAAUUGGUUUUUCGUCGACCAAUCACAGAGACUUCCUCUCCGUACCGAAUAUUAUUGUGGAAGGCAAGAAAGACAUCAUGGCAGACAAUGAGAAUGAAACCGAGCUUUUGGAUUAUGAAGAGGACGACACUGAAGCGACUGCAGAUGGAACUGGGGAUGCCCCUGUCAAAAAGGAUGUCAAGGGAACCUAUGUCUCUAUUCACAGCUCUGGGUUCAGAGAUUUUCUUCUGAAGCCAGAAUUGCUGAGAUCCAUUGUAGAUUGUGGAUUUGAGCAUCCCUCAGAAGUCCAGCACGAGUGCAUUCCUCAAGCAAUAUUGUCCAUGGAUGUUCUCUGUCAAGCCAAAUCUGGAAUGGGGAAGACUGCUGUGUUUGUAUUGGCUACACUUCAGCAGCUAGAACCUGUAGAUGGUCAGGUAUCUGUAUUGGUACUAGCACACACAAGAGAACUGGCCUUCCAGAUAAGCAAAGAGUAUGAGAGGUUUAGCAAGUACAUGAACAAUGUAAAGAUAGCCGUCUUCUUCGGAGGAAUGUCCAUCAAGAAUAAUGAAGAUGUCUUGAAAAAGAAUUGUCCUCACAUUAUUGUCGGUACUCCUGGUCGAAUCCUGGCUCUCUGUAAUUCCAAACAACUCAACCUGAAGCAUGUGAAACAUUUUGUUCUGGAUGAAUGUGACAAAAUGUUGGCAGCCCUUGACAUGAGGAGAGAUGUUCAGGAAAUUUUCCGCAACACCCCCCACGAAAAGCAAGUGAUGAUGUUCAGUGCAACAUUGAGCAAGGAAAUCCGAGCUGUCUGCAAGAGAUUCAUGCAAGAUCCCAUGGAAGUGUAUGUGGAUGAUGAUUCAAAACUGACACUCCACGGUCUGCAACAGCAUUAUGUCAAGCUAAAGGACAACGAGAAGAAUAGGAAAUUGUUUGAACUGUUGGAUGUUCUGGAAUUUAACCAGGUCAUUAUCUUUGUGAAAUCAGUACAGAGGUGUAUGGCACUGUCACAACUACUUGUUGAGCAAAACUUCCCAGCAAUUGCAAUCCAUAGAGCAAUGACACAGGAAGAAAGACUGUCACGGUAUCAACAAUUCAAAGACUUUCAGAAGAGGAUACUAGUGGCUACUAACUUGUUUGGUCGAGGAAUGGACAUAGAAAGAGUGAACAUUGUUUUUAACUAUGACAUGCCAGAGGACUCUGACACUUACCUACAUCGAGUGGCACGUGCAGGUAGGUUUGGUACCAAGGGACUUGCUAUCACAUUUGUGUCUGAUGAAACUGACGCUAAAGUUCUGAAUGAAGUACAAGAAAGAUUUGAAGUUAACAUCACAGAGUUGCCUGAUGAAAUUGACAUUUCAUCGUAUAGUAAGUAUUGGGUUGGGAUGUUCUUGGGCUUGUGUAUAAUCUUAAAUACUGCACUAAAAUGACCAGUCCAGUGCUAUUAUAAAGUUAAUAAGCAUCAGAGGUGAUUGGAUUCUGGAGUCUAUUUCAUGACUGAUCAUAGUGCUAGAUAUUUUUUUUAAAUAAUUAUUUUCUUAUUUUUUCAGUCGAGGGACGUUGAACAUCGCAGAGAUGAAAUGAAUCUAGGAAGCAUGGAAGAUGGAACAUUGUCAUCAGUGCAUAUACUUGUGUUUUACAUUGGAGUCAUUUUUGGUGUCAUUUCAUUUUAAAUAUCAUGCACAAGAUUUGAGCAUGAUGAGGAACUAUGUCGAGACAAACUGUUAUGUAGAGUCUUUAUUUUGUAGUAGACUUUUCCUCGAGUAAGAAUCUGCACAGAAGGAACUGUGAUAAUUAUGUUUUAGAUACACAUUUUGAAUAAAUUUCAUUUUUAAUUUUC